CGAAUUUUUCCUCAGGAGACUGAGACACACCAUCCUCAAACCCGAACACAUUAUCUCUCUCUCCUUCCUGCCUUCCUUCCCUGUCUCUGUCUCUGUCUCUGUCUCUCUCUCUCUCUCUCUCUCCCCCCAACGUUUCCUCUUAUCAUUCCCUCACCUUCCUCCGGUUCUCCUCCAAUGGCUGCCACCGAGACCACCAAGCCCCAGAAUGAGUUCAUCUUCAGGUCCAAACUUCCCGACAUCUACAUCCCCAAACACCUUCCUCUUCAUUCUUACUGCUUCGAGAAUCUCUCCGAAUUCGGUUCCCGUCCUUGCCUGAUCAAUGCUCCCACCGGCGAUAUCUACACUUACUACGACGUCGAGCUCACCGCCCGGCGAGUCGCCUCCGGAUUGAACAAAUUCGGCGUCGGACAGGGUGAUGUCAUCAUGGUCCUCCUCAGCAAUUCCCCUGAAUUCGUCUUCUCCUUCCUCGGCGCCUCCUUCCGCGGGGCCAUGACAACCGCCGCGAAUCCGUUCUUCACCGCCGCGGAGGUUGCCAAACAAGCCAAAGCCUCCAACGCGAAGAUCCUCAUAACUCAAUCAAGCUACUACGAGAAAGUGAAGGACCUGGACGUGAAGCUAAUCUUCGUCGAUUCUCCACCAGAUGGACAUUCACAUUUCUCAGAGCUAUCUCAAGCCGACGAGAACGAUAUUCCCGAGGUGGAAAUCAAACCUGACGACGUCGUCGCCUUGCCGUAUUCCUCCGGCACCACCGGUUUACCAAAAGGCGUGAUGCUCACCCACAAGGGAUUAGUCACCAGCAUAGCCCAACAAGUCGACGGGGAGAAUCCGAACCUGUAUUUCCACCAUGAAGAUGUGAUUCUCUGCGUGCUGCCCCUGUUUCAUAUCUAUUCUCUGAACUCUGUUUUGCUGUGUGGAUUGAGGGCGAAGGCGUCGAUCAUGUUGAUGCCCAGGUUUGAAAUCAAUGCGUUGUUGGGUCUGAUACAGAAACACAAGGUGUCGAUCGCUCCGGUGGUGCCGCCGAUCGUGCUGGCGAUCUCAAAGUCGCCGGAUACUGAUAAGUACGACCUGUCGUCGAUCAGAGUAUUGAAGUCCGGUGGCGCUCCUCUGGGUAAAGAACUUGAGGACUCCGUAAGAGCCAAGUUCCCUAAGGCCAAACUCGGUCAGGGAUAUGGGAUGACGGAGGCAGGACCGGUGUUAACAAUGAGCUUAGCUUUUGCCAAACAACCCAUGGAAGUGAAGGCCGGAGCAUGUGGAACGGUGGUCAGAAAUGCAGAAAUGAAGAUCGUGGAUCCUGAGACCUCCGAGUCUUUGCCUCGUAAUCAGCCCGGCGAGAUCUGCAUUAGAGGCGAUCAAAUCAUGAAAGGGUAUCUGAAUGAUCCGGAGGCAACGAAGAGAACGAUAGAUGCGGAGGGGUGGUUGCACACGGGAGACAUAGGCUACAUUGAUGAGGACGAUGAGCUGUUCAUCGUUGAUAGGCUGAAGGAGCUCAUCAAGUACAAGGGCUUCCAGGUGGCCCCCGCUGAACUCGAGGCCCUCCUUCUCACUCAUCCUCACAUCUCCGACGCCGCAGUCGUCCCAAUGAAGGAUGAAGCAGCUGGGGAGGUUCCCGUUGCUUUUGUGGUCAGAUCCAACGGUCACACUGAAACCACCGAGGAUGAUGUCAAACAGUUUGUCUCAAAACAGGUGGUGUUUUACAAGAGAAUAAGCAAAGUGAUAUUCAUAGAUGCAAUUCCAAAGUCACCAUCAGGCAAGAUCUUAAGAAAGGAUCUAAGAGCAAAACUUGCUGCUGCUGCUGCUAAGAAUUGAAUUUGAAGCUUCUAAUGUACAAUUACAUUUCUACCCUUCAACCACUCCUCCUCCUCAUAUAUGGUCAAAGGCUUCCAUGGAUUUCAACACUAUCUAUGGAUGGAUGGAUGCCUUCUUCAUAGCUAUCCAUCAAUAUUUCAUAUCUAUGUGUGAUAUUAUUGUUUUUUUAUAAUUUUUUUUUACCAACAAUUUGUUUUGAUUAACGAACUCUAUUAAUGUCUCCUACCAUAUGAAUAUAUUUUGUUCUUAUUUUUCCACUUAUAAUUAGACAUGGUCCUAUUGAAA